AUGAUUUCUAUGCUUUUACCUUUCGGCCAUUCGGGCCUUUAUGCAAGCGACGUUGAUCGGGAAGACCGUCCUGAGAUUGCCAAACUAAUUCAAGCAUUCCCGACAAUUGAAGACGACUACCAUGUGGUGAAACUAAUUGGCGCCGGGAGCUUCAGCAGUGUUUUUAAGGCUGUUGAUAAGCGCCGGGAUUCAUAUGACAACUCAUACUGGGACUUUGUUGAAAACGACGACGCAAAUGCAUCUGCUUUGUCCUCCUCUAGCAGUAAUAAGAAGCAACGGUUUGUUGCUAUAAAGCGAGUCUACGCUACUGUCCUUCCUAAUCGCAUACAAACAGAAUUGGAGGUGUUGCACGAGUUGCGUGGCAGCAAAUGUGUGUUAAAUAUAAUUACAGCUAUGCGUCAUCAGGAUCAAGUCCUUAUAGUGCUUCCUUUCAUUCAGCAUGCUGAGUUUCGAGACUUUUACAUGAACUACUCACUAGUCGACAUCGCAUACUACAUGCGCGACCUGUUGGACGGUCUUUCUCACAUUGCUGCCAAGGGCAUUAUUCAUCGAGAUAUCAAACCGGGAAACUUUGCUUGGAACCCCUACACACGGCGCGGUGUCAUUCUUGACUUUGGUUUGGCACAAUGGCAAGAAGCCGAGAUGCCCGGCUUAAACUGUUGCAUUGACCGCGUCCGCAAAUUAAAGCAAGAAAAGCGGUAUUACGACGUCUUUCCCCUUGAACAGACGAUUCCCGAUCCUUCACACGGAUACCUACUACAUGAUCCUCGUCCCAGCAAGAAAGCAGACCGCGCAGGAACUCGUGGUUUUCGGGCACCGGAAGUGCUAUUUCGGUGUCAAAAUCAAACAUCCCUCAUUGACACUUGGUCUGCUGGCGUUGUUUUACUCUGUUUCCUUACUCGCCGCUACCCUUUUUUCCGUUGCGAAGACGAUGUCGAUGCAAUUGUGGAGCUUGCACAUAUUUUCGGCAGGAACGAUAUGUCGAACUGUGCAUUGCUGCAUGGACAAAUUUGGUCAGACAAUAUCCCCACCAUUCUUAAUCACAAACAUGACUGGCUUGAUUUGGUAAAUAGCCUUACAAAAAACGACACACACCCUUUAUUGGAAACAAGCUCUAGUUGGUUGAUGGCGCUUGCCAUCGACUUGCUUGAUCAGUUGCUUGAACUGAAUCCUGCGAAACGCCUUACUGCUGAAGCUGCUCUGCGUCAUCAAUUUUUCUCUGCCUGUGCAGUGACAGAGAUGCCUGUAACUGACGUCAAAGCAACAGCUGAUUCGACAACACAAAUCAAAGUGCCCGCUGCUUAA